GAGCAAUCGCCAAAUCUGGUGGCAAUCCUGGGCAGGCGUCAGUCAGUUUGGAAUCCCCUCCAUCCUUUGCGCAUCGACCGCUUUUUGUUUACCACCACCAUGUACGGCUCUGAAUCCCGAGAGCUCAAGACCAACGUCCUGGUUACCCGCAAAUCGCACGAGUCGUCGUGGAAGCGCGUGGCGGUCGGCGCGACGCUCACCGUGAUGGGUGUCGGGUACUGCGCCACGUUGCACAGCAUGAUGAACCAGCAAGCGGCCUCGUUGGCGUCCUUGCAGCAGCAAAUGUCGUCGGUGUCGCUCCAUCGAAUUAUUGGCUUGAGCAACCCGUCCUCGGUGAAGGGCACGGCAGCUUCCGUCAAGCCAACACAACCCAUCAUGCCGUUGCCGCACAAAUACGCCGUCGACAACGUCACACCCCGCAAGACGCAAGAUUUCCGCGGGACGUGCUGGGACUUUGCCACGAUUUCAGUCCUCGAGUACACAUACCGCCAACAAGGCAUUGCAAACGGGUGGCUCGCUCCUGACACGUACGUGUCGCUGUCAGAGCAAGCGUACGGCGCCGACGUGCUGCGGUUGUGCACGUCCGUCGAUAAGAACAAGUGCUACUUGACGGCGACCCAGAACACGACGGAAGGCGGGUUCGUGCUCGAGUUUCCGCUCUUGGCCAAGGACAUUUCGAUUUUCCCCGAUGCGGUUUGCCCGUACGUGCCGGAUGUCGGCAGCGACACCGUGUGCCCCGGUCUAACAGCGGCAGCAAACAAGUCGAACCCUCUCAAGGUUACUGUCAACAAGUACUCGACCAUGAUCGACCCGGACGACAUCAAGCGCGCGCUCGUCACGGAGAAGCGGGCCAUGGCGCUGAGCACAGACAUGGCUGUCUUGACGCACUACCAGCCGUGCGUGGGCGAGCUGACCAAGGACCCUCGGUGCGACGUGGCGUCGCCGCAGUGCACCCUAUGCCCGCCCAAUUCGUUCCAAACGGCAUGCUGCAUCCCGGUCGGCGAAGGCGUCGACUCCAACAUCGACGGUGAAUUCAUUGCCCACUACGGCAUGGAAUUGGAAGGCGGCCACGCGAUGACGCUGGUCGGCUACAACGACAACUACCGCACGCAGGACGGCGCGACGGGUGGGUACAUCUUGAAAAACUCGUGGUGGGACGGCGUCGACCCUGCCCUCGGACCCAAGCGCGCCCGCGGGAGCCACAGCAUCCGGUACUGGAUGCAAACGAUCUCUGCAUUUGAAGAACGCGCGGCGUGUCCAAACUCGGCCAACCCGAACAACUGGUAUGCGUGCCAAGGCAGCACGGGCGUCAUCCAUGCGCACUCGGUCGCGAGUGCCGGGACGCGAUCUGUCGUUGCCAACGCCACGCACGACAUGUGCCUGUCGGAAGAAACGCGGUUGGAUGCGAUCAGCCAGAUCUCGCCGCUCAAGCUCCGAUGCCUGGACAAGACGAAAUGCGACCCCGCCCUCACGUACUUCACGCGCAACUUGACGACUGUCGGCGACCACUUCAACGUGCUGUGCGUGUUCGAGUACAACGCGACCGACGGCGCGACUUCCCACGACGUGUGCUUCCCGCCCAUGCUAAUCAUGGACGUCGCGCACAUGAUCCAGCCCGUGCCCGAAGAGAUGCGCGAGAACGACCCGGACCACUGCGGAUUUUACUUUUACCCGUACGAAAAGCAACUGGCGCAGUACCAGCGCGGGUGGGAAUUGACCGUCGACAACUUGGACGUGACGUGGGCUCCUCAGUCGUACGUGGCCAACGCGGCCAAGUUUCCCCAAUUCGACUACAGCCUCGUCCAAGCGUCGACCAAAAAGCAAAAGCCGAAUCCGGUCUCGGCCCCGUUUGCCAUCGUCGGCGCGUAAUUCGUUGUCGGUGGUUAGGCGUUAAGAACCAUCGUUUCUUGUGACUCCA